AUGGGUUGUCGGGAUGUCCACGCAGCUACGGUGCUCUCCUUCCUGUGCGGCAUCGCCUCCGUGGCGGGGCUCUUUGCCGGGACGAUGCUUCCCAACUGGAGGAAGCUGAGACUGAUCACGUUCAACAAGAACGAGAAGAACCUGACGGUCUACACGGGGCUGUGGGUGAAGUGUGCGCGUUACGACCGGAGCAGCGACUGCCUCAUGUACGACACCAAGUGGUAUUCGUCCGUGGACCAGCUGGACCUGCGAGUGCUGCAGUUCGCCCUCCCUCUCAGCAUCCUCAUCGCCGUGUCCGCACUCACGCUGUGUCUCAUCGGGAUGUGUAACACAGCCUUCAGGUCAUCCGUGCCCAACAUCAAGCUGGCCAAGUGUCUGGUCAACAGCGCGGGCUGCCACUUGGUGGCCGGCCUCUUGUUCUUCUCUGCCGGCGUGGUGAGCCUCACCCCGUCCAUCUGGGUCAUCUUCUACAACCACCACCUGAACAGGAAGUUCGAGCCUGUGUUCACGUUCGACUACGCCGUGUACGUCACCGUGGCCAGCUCCGGGGGCCUGUUCCUGACGGCGCUCUUGCUGUUCCUGUGGUACUGCGCGUGCAAGGCCCUGCCCUCGCCUCUGUGGCAGCCCCUGUACUCCCACACCCCCAGCAUGCACAGCUACUCCCAGCCCUACUCGGCCAGAUCGCGCCUCUCUGCCAUCGAGAUCGACAUCCCAGUGGUGAGCCACGCCACCUAA